CCCCGUGCAUGAUAAGAGGAAAGUUUAAGUUGGGGCCGGCGGGGGUGAUAUAUGACGAAUUGGCCGAGGUUGGGACGGAUCGGACGGCAUGGAAAUGAUUGGGGUGGGAGAUGGGCCGAUAUUGCGGGCGGUCCCGAACGAUAACAGAUAUCCGGUCUCAGAAGAGUUGGACACUAGAGUCGGCCCGGACAUCAAAAGUGCGGCGUUGGGGGCGGUGGGGGCGCAAUAUGUACUGCAGCAAGACCUCCGCGAAAUGGGCCCAGACCUCUUCCUAAAAUACUACGUUAACCAACUCGAAACACCAACCCGUUCCCUCCUCUCCGCCUUCGGAUUCCGCAUCCCACCCCUCCUCUGCGAAUUCCCGGAUCAAGCACUCCUCCCCCUUCUCGAAAUGGCACUCUCACGAUUCCUCUCCAAACGCCAAAAACUAGCACAAUACAACACCGUGUCAGAUGCCGUGGAGUUGAUUCGGAACGCGAAGAACAUCAUCGUAUUAACGGGCGCGGGAAUUAGUACGAGUCUCGGUAUCCCAGAUUUCCGCUCCGAUACGGGGAUAUAUGCGAAGUUGGCGGAGUGUGGACUCAACGACCCACAAGAGAUGUUCGAUAUCGACGUUUUCCGGUCUGAUCCAUCGAUCUUUUAUUCUUUUGCUCGACUCAUCCUACCACCCUCCUCCUCUUCGCGGUUUACGCCCACGCAUGCGUUUAUUCGCUUGUUGCAAGAUAAGGGGAAACUCUUGACGAAUUACACGCAGAAUAUCGAUGGGGUGGAGAGUGUUGCGGGGAUUAGGGGGGAGAAGUUGGUGCAGUGUCAUGGGAGUUUUGGGGGGGCGGGGUGUGUUACGUGUGGGUAUAAAUGUCCGGGGGAGGUGAUUUUUGGGGAUAUCCGUGCUGGACGCAUACCUAAAUGUCCGCUGUGUUUGGAAAACCCUCCGAUGACGACGACGACGAAGAAGGGGAAGAAGAGAACUGAGAAUGAGGAGGAGGAAGAAGAAGAAGAUGUGGACCCGAGCUUGGGCGUGAUGAAACCCGACAUAACCUUCUUCGGCGAACCCCUCCCCCCAACCUUCUCCUCCCGUCUCCUCGGCUCUCCCACCCCAUCCACCUCCCCCCCUCGCACCCCCGAUGCAGAAUGUUGUGAUUUGUUGAUCGCAAUCGGAACCUCCCUUAAAGUCUCUCCCGUCUCAGAAAUCCUCGGCCUAUUACCCCCCCACGUCCCGGCAGUUUAUGUUGGGAUAGAAGCGGUAAAACACGUGGAGUUUGAUGUGCAGCUCUUGGGGGUUGGGAGUGAUGUUGUUGUUGAGGAGGUUUGUCGACGUCUCAACUGGAGCGAUGAACUACGAGCGAUUGUUAGUAGGGGACAGGGAGAACAGUUUCGAUCUGCUUCCGGAUUCAAACGUGUCUUUGGGUGUGCGUGUGUUCGCCCCGCAUUCCGAGCGUUUCAACCUGAGACGUAG